AAAAACCUGAGUUAUCGUCUCUUGUUGAGAAGUGGCCUUGCAGACAUCGGUGAUCAACUGUUCGACGGUUUAGUCUCAAUUGAAUAUUCUAUACAAACUAAACAUAUACUUUUGACACUCAAUUAUGGCACCAUCAGCCAUCUUACCCCCUUCCUCCUCGUCGCCUAGCGAGUCUUCCAGUCUCAGCAGCUAUCGCGGAUAUGACCAUGUCCACUGGUACGUGGGAAACGCAAAGCAGGCCGCUUCCUACUACGUGACCCGUAUGGGCUUUGAGCGCAUCGCAUACCGCGGACUUGAAACUGGUUGCAGAAGCGUCUGCUCCCACGUUAUCCGAAAUGGCGAUAUCACAUUCAUUCUCUCAUCUCCCCUGCGAUCGCUAGAUCAAAUCGACCGUUUCAGCCAAGAGGAGCAGGAACUCCUCAAGGAGAUCCAUACUCAUCUGGAAAAGCACGGGGAUGCCGUCAAAGAUGUUGCUUUCGAGGUCGAUUCCGUCGAUGCUGUCUUUAACGCCGCCGUAAAGAACGGAGCUAAGAUCGUGUCGCAUCCUAAGGUGCUUGAGGAUGAGAAUGGUCAAGUCAAAGUUGCUACGAUUCAGACAUAUGGCGAGACGACGCAUACUCUCGUCGAGAGGAAGUCGUAUAAGGGGGGUUUUCUUCCCGGAUACCGCAUUGAGAAUGGCGCAAAAGAUCCGAUUGCGAGCCUUCUUCCUGAAGUUGGUCUGCGUGUGAUUGAUCACUGCGUUGGUAACCAGGAUUGGGAUGAGAUGGACAAGGUCUGCGAAUAUUACGAAAAGGCUCUGGGCUUCCACCGCUUCUGGUCCGUUGAUGAUAAGGAUAUCUGCACUGACUACUCCGCCCUUAAAAGUAUCGUCAUGGCAUCUCCCAAUGACGUCGUCAAAAUGCCCAUCAAUGAACCCGCCAAGGGCAAGAAGCAAUCCCAGAUUGAAGAGUACGUCGAUUUCUACAACGGUGCCGGAGUCCAACACAUCGCUCUCCGCACGGACAACAUCAUCCGCGACAUCACCAACCUGAAAGCACGCGGCGUUGAGUUUAUCAAAGUCCCCGAUACAUACUAUGAAGACAUGAAGAUCCGAUUGAAGAAGUCGGGCAUGGUCCUGGAAGAGGACUUUGAGACUCUCAGAAGUCUGGAUAUCCUUAUUGACUUUGAUGAGGGAGGUUAUCUAUUGCAGCUUUUCACAAAGCAUCUGAUGGAUCGUCCCACCGUGUUCAUUGAGAUUAUUCAAAGGAACAACUUCUCCGGCUUCGGAGCAGGGAACUUCAAGUCUCUGUUCGAAGCUAUUGAAAGGGAGCAGGAGCUGCGCGGAAACCUCGUGUGAGGUCAAAAACUGCUCGCUGAUUCUGGAUUCAAGUUGCCUCGUUACCGCAUUUCGGUUGCUCUGUGUGUCGCCGUUCAGCGUUGUAUUUCCUAAUAUCCUGGCCACGAUGAACGAGUACUGUUGAUGGCAUUAAUAUCAUGACUUAUCACGGCUUCUUCAGGAAGCAUAGAAAUAACUUCCUAUUUGUAUAGAUACAGAUGGCCUCAGUUGUGAAAG